UAUCACCAGAUAACAAAGAGGUCAGUGUAGCUUCAAGAUGAAGGUAUUAUUACUUCUCGGGCUAUGGCUGGUGUCGGCGCAAACCGGCACUGCCCAGGUGUGCAAAUUCUCUGCAGCCUCAACAGUGGGCCCUAACGAUCCCCGACUUCCACACGCGCUACCUCCAUCCUUCCAAGUCACCAUAGAGGGCGCUCUCAUUGACAGGAACUGUAGCGUGGUGGCGGAGGAAUAUUUCGACCUAGAUUCACAGCGAUCUGCCAUGAAGAUCACGCAGAACGGACAGAUCGAGUACCUGUAUAUAAACAUGAAUACCAAUGAGAGCUACCAUAUUACCAACAACAACUGCACCGUCAAGAACCAAGCUUUGGAUAGUGAUGAUGCCUUCAUCGGCGGGCGUAUGUCGAACAGCAAAAUGACUCACACCUACUCAACAAGUUCUGUACUGAAGUUUGCUCAAAAGUACGGGGAGGUUUACAUUGGGCAGUCUACGAUUCGGGGUGUCCUGUGCGAUCACUGGCAGUCCUGCAUGUACUGGAGUUCUCUCGGCGUCAACUUCACCCUCGACUACUACUUUUCAGCCCUCUCAUGGACAAGUGCGGACGGCACCGUACAAGUUCCUGUGAGAGCUGAAGUUCAAGGAUACAAUUCCCUGGUUGGUCCGGGUCCAAUGUCAAGCUUCCAUCAUAUAUACGAUUAUAUUGGCUUUAAAAGUUACAUUGUGGACCCAACGAAUCUGGAGACCCAAAAAGGUGUGGCAUGUCCGGGACGGAAGCAUACCCGAGCGAUGCCGCAGUUAAAACAACAUUAUCAGUAUAGGGAGGAGAUAACAGAUCAGGAUUUGAACAUGGUCGUCAAUGCCGAUGUGUGGUACGACUACAACUACAAACUCCUCCGUUUCGACACCCGUCCCACGGCACUAGCAUACCCGUACUACAGCUACGACGCUGUCACCGAGAUACACGACUAUAACACAGGGGUUGCCUACAUUAUUGACAAGUCCUUCCUCAACUGUACCAUAGUUCCAAUUGAGAAUGGAACGUGGGACGCUAGCAUGAAUGUCUCCCGUUCACAUCAAGCCCUUGGGAUGAAGAGCCCAGAACAGCUCUUUGACUUGAACCCAACAUUUGCCUACUCUGGGCAGGUAUGGCGUCUUUGA